AUGACUUCUGCAGAAGAUAGUAUGCUCGCGGAUCAGCAGUUGAAACAUCUUCAAAGCAUUCCGUUUGGAGCCCAAUCGGGGGAAUCGACAAACUCGAAUCCGGCACGCAACAGUCACAAGUUGAAGGAUGUGCUGUCGUCGGGGAAUAAAUUGAUCGGUGCAUUUCACAGCCCCGACCUCGUCGGUUCGUUUGCUCCGCCAGUACCAGCGGGCCAUGUGCAGCAGCGGGAGCAACAUAGUCAGCUUCUUGGCAUACUAAACAAGUCCUUCUCGCGGAACAAAUCGCCGGCGUCGGAGAAAUCCCCCAAAGGAGACGGCGACCAGGAAGGGCGUGCUUUAAAUCAACCGGCGGACGCUACAGCGGGCAAGAAACCAGUCUCGAAGAAAUCGGCGCUAGCAUCGUCAGCACAGCGACCGGCCAAGAAGGGACCGUCGCGUUCGUUUUUCCUCAAACGACAACACUCGCUGUCCGAUGUAUGGCAAACGACCCUCAAGUCGACUACGGCAAUGAGUCAAGCGGCAGCGAGAAUGGAGGACGCCGAUAUGAACGGCGGUGGCAUGGGGGGCGGACCACACGCCUCCGGAGCGUCCUUGUUGGCUGACGGAGCCUCGAAAACGCUGGGAGCAACAGGUGGUGGUGCCAUCAAUGUUGGCGGCACGACCAUACCGAUUGCACCCAAAAAACCAACGCGACGUGCCGGUGUCAAGCCACAGCCGGAUCGGCCGAUGCGGGCUUUGUUUUGUCUGACUCGUACCAAUCCGCUUCGGAAGCUAUGUAUCGCAAUAGUCGAAUGGAAACCCUUCGAAUACUUGAUCCUGCUGACUAUUUUUGCCAAUUGUGUUGCCUUAGCUGUAUACACCCCAUUUCCUAACAGUGAUUCCAAUAGCACGAACGCGGCACUGGAGAAGAUCGAGUAUAUUUUUUUAGUGAUUUUUACUGCUGAGUGCAUAAUGAAGCUGAUCGCAUACGGGUUCAUACUGCAUCCGGGGUCGUACCUACGGAACGGAUGGAACAUACUUGAUUUCACAAUUGUUGUUAUAGGCAUGAUAUCGACCGCACUUUCAAAUCUCAUGAAGGAAGGAUUUGAUGUGAAAGCUCUUCGCGCAUUUCGUGUCCUUCGUCCCUUGCGAUUGGUGUCAGGAGUUCCUAGUUUACAAGUCGUUCUCAAUUCGAUCUUACGUGCCAUGGUGCCUUUACUACACAUAGCCCUGCUGGUAUUGUUUGUGAUAAUCAUCUACGCUAUCAUAGGACUAGAGCUUUUCUCGGGAAAAUUACACAAAUCUUGUUUCCACAAUGAAACUGGUGAAAUUAUGGAUGAUCCACAUCCCUGCGGAGAAGACGGGUUUCAUUGUGACACUAUAUCGCCGGAAAUGGUAUGCCGAUACUACUGGGAGGGGCCGAACUUCGGCAUCACCAACUUCGAUAACUUUGGUCUAUCGAUGUUGACGGUGUUCCAGUGUGUAACAUUGGAGGGCUGGACCGAUAUGCUAUACUACAUCGAAGAUGCUAUGGGAAGCAGCUGGCAAUGGGUUUACUUCAUUUCGAUGGUCAUUUUGGGUGCAUUCUUCGUGAUGAACCUUAUUCUCGGUGUGUUGAGCGGAGAGUUUUCGAAGGAGCGUACGAAGGCAAAGAAUCGUGGAGAUUUUCAAAAGCUACGCGAGAAGCAACAAAACGAUGAAGAUUUUUGCGGAUACUUGGAUUGGAUCACACAAGCCGAAGAUAUCGAUCCUGAUAACGAGGCCAGUGGGUUGCAAGAAGGAAAAACGAAAAAUACGAUUGAGCUAGAUUCAUCGGACAACCUUGGCGAAGACGGUGAAGUACGACAGGAGUCAUGGUGUGCCCGGAAACGAAAAUCUUUCGAGCGCGUCAAUAGACGCUUACGUCGCGCAUGCCGUAAGGCAGUCAAAUCCCAGGCGUUUUACUGGCUGAUUAUUAUACUGGUAUUCCUAAACACUGGUGUGCUUGCCACGGAGCACUAUCGGCAGCCGCCAUGGCUCGAUGACUUUCAAGAAAACACAAACAUGUUCUUCGUGGCCCUGUUCACGAUGGAGAUGUUACUUAAGAUGUACAGUUUGGGCUUUCAAGUAUAUUUCGCGUCCUUGUUCAAUCGGUUCGAUUGCUUUGUCGUUAUUGGAAGCAUAGGAGAGAUGAUACUUACCAGUACUCAAAUCAUGCCCCCACUCGGGGUUUCUGUGCUGCGAUGUGUACGCUUGCUACGUGUGUUCAAAGUAACCAAGUACUGGCAAUCACUGUCCAAUUUAGUAGCAUCACUGCUGAACUCUAUACAAUCCAUUGCAUCCCUCCUUUUGCUGCUGUUUUUGUUCAUUGUUAUAUUUGCGCUUUUGGGUAUGCAGGUCUUUGGAGGAAAGUUUAACUUUAACAGCUCCGUCGACAAGCCUCGUUCAAACUUCGAUAGCUUCGUACAAAGCUUAUUGACGGUAUUUCAAAUAUUAACCGGUGAAGAUUGGAAUACUGUAAUGUACGAUGGAAUUCAGGCCUAUGGAGGUGUAGCUUCAAUGGGCAUCAUUGCCAGCAUUUACUUCAUAAUUUUGUUCAUAUGUGGUAACUAUAUUCUCUUAAAUGUGUUCUUGGCUAUUGCUGUGGAUAAUUUGGCCGAUGCGGAUUCGCUGACGACUGUCGAAAAGGACGAAGGAGACAAUCCGGAGGAAGGCGAGGAAAAACUAUCUCAUGAGCCAACUCCAACCGAGCAUGGUGACGACGGAUUUAUGGAUCAUGACAAAGACAAUCUGGAUUCUGAUAAUGAUCCAAUGAACAUGUCUGAUGAGUACGAAGGACAUGAUUCCGAAUCAAAAAUACCAGUGGCUGAGGAUGACGAGGGUUAUGAAGAGCAAGAUACUCAAGGUGAGACUUUCGAUGAACCUCCGACUGCAUCUGCUCGCCCACGUCGUUUAUCGGAGCUGAGUGUAAAAAAAUCGAAAAAACCUAUUCCUAAAGCAAACUCACUGCUUCUUUUCUCCCCAACGAACAGGUUCCGCAUAUUUUGCCACUGGCUCUGCAACCACAGUACGUUUGGCAACAUUAUUCUGGUGUGCAUCAUGUUCUCAUCAGCCAUGCUUGCUGCGGAAGACCCCUUGAAUGCCAAUAGCGAACGGAACCAGAUAUUGAACUACUUCGACUAUUUCUUUACAUCGGUGUUCACGAUCGAGCUGCUCCUGAAAUUGGUAUCGUAUGGUUUUCUCUUUCACGACGGUGCAUUCUGCAGAUCGGCGUUCAAUUUACUGGAUCUGCUUGUCGUAUGCGUGUCAUUAAUAUCAAUGUUCUUCAGUUCUGGUGCGAUCUCUGUGAUAAAAAUUCUACGAGUUCUACGAGUGCUCCGACCAUUGCGUGCAAUUAAUCGUGCAAAAGGAUUAAAGCAUGUUGUGCAAUGCGUUAUAGUAGCAGUAAAGACAAUCGGCAAUAUUGUGCUGGUCACUUGCUUGCUACAGUUUAUGUUCGCCGUUAUCGGAGUGCAGUUGUAUAAGUACGUAGUGAAAUGUGUGAUAGUUGCCAUAAAAACUAUCGGCAACAUUAUGCUAGUGACGUACCUCUUGCAGUUUAUGUUUGCUGUGAUAGGAGUACAAUUGUUCAAGGGCAAAUUUUUCUCGUGUUCCGAUGGAUCGAAAAUGCAGGAAUCAGAAUGUCAUGGAACAUACCUGGUGUAUGAAGAUGGCAACGUAGAUAAACCUGUUUCAAAAGAAAGAUAUUGGUCGCGAAACCGAUUCCACUUCGAUGAUGUAUCGAAGGCGAUGUUAACAUUGUUCACCGUAUCUACGUUUGAAGGAUGGCCUGGUUUGCUGUAUGUAUCAAUCGACUCACAUGAGGAAGAUUCGGGCCCGAUACAUAAUUUCCGACCAAUUGUAGCGGCGUACUACAUCAUCUACAUCAUUAUCAUUGCGUUCUUUAUGGUGAACAUCUUCGUUGGUUUCGUUAUCGUUACAUUCCAAAACGAAGGUGAACAGGAGUACAAGAACUGCGAUUUAGACAAGAAUCAACGCAACUGCAUAGAGUUCGCACUGAAGGCGAAACCGAUACGACGGUACAUACCGAAGCACCGAAUACAGUAUAAAGUCUGGUGGUUUGUUACGUCGCAGCCUUUCGAGUAUAUGAUAUUUAUAUUGAUCAUGAUCAACACCAUCACACUUUCUAUGAAGUUUUACCGACAACCGGAGAUCUAUACAGAGGUCCUCGAUUUACUGAAUCUCAUCUUUACGGCGGUGUUCGCCUUGGAGUUUGUUUUUAAAUUAGCAGCCUUUAGAUUUAAGAACUAUUUUGGAGACGCAUGGAACGUGUUUGAUUUUAUAAUUGUACUCGGAAGUUUUAUCGAUAUCGUGUACUCGGAAGUUAACGUUAGUAAAGGAAUGAAGGGUGGAUCGAGCAUUAUCUCCAUCAACUUCUUCCGACUGUUUCGCGUGAUGCGAUUGGUGAAACUGCUUGCCAGAGGUGAAGGUAUCCGCACUCUUUUGUGGACAUUUAUCAAGUCCUUCCAAGCACUGCCAUAUGUUGCGCUUUUGAUAGUGAUGUUAUUCUUCAUCUACGCCGUCAUCGGAAUGCAGGUGUUUGGAAAAAUAGCAAUGGAUGAUGAAACGUCCAUACACCGAAACAACAACUUCCAAACAUUUCCGCAAGCCGUACUGGUUCUGUUCCGAUCGGCAACCGGCGAGGCCUGGCAAGACAUUAUGUUGGACUGCUCGGCUCGCCCUGGCGAGGUGAACUGCGAUGCCAAAUCUGAUGACGCUGGGUCGCCCGACGGUUGCGGCUCCAGCAUCGCCUUUCCGUACUUCAUCUCGUUCUACGUGCUCUGCUCGUUCCUGAUCAUCAACCUGUUCGUGGCCGUCAUCAUGGACAACUUCGACUAUCUGACGCGUGACUGGUCGAUUCUGGGUCCGCACCAUCUGGACGAGUUCGUGCGCCUCUGGAGCGAGUACGAUCCGGACGCGAAGGGGCGCAUCAAGCACCUGGACGUGGUGACGCUGCUGCGCAAGAUAUCGCCCCCACUCGGUUUCGGCAAGCUAUGUCCGCACCGGGUGGCCUGCAAACGGCUGGUGUCGAUGAACAUGCCACUCAACAGUGACGGAACAGUGCUGUUCAACGCGACCCUGUUCGCGGUGGUGCGCACCUCGCUGAAGAUCAAAACCGAGGGCAACAUCGACGACGCCAACGCCGAGCUCCGCACGACAAUCAAGCAGAUCUGGAAGCGAACCAACCCGAAGCUUCUCGAUCAGGUCGUACCGCCGCCUGGCGUAGACGACGAGGUGACGGUGGGCAAGUUCUACGCCACCUUCCUCAUCCAGGACUACUUCCGGCGGUUCAAGAAACGCAAGGAAAACGACAAUAAGCUCAACAGUGACCAAAACAAGAGGCGAACAAUGACGUUGCAGGCGGGUUUGCGGACGCUGCAUGAGGCCGGCCCAGAGUUGAAGCGUGCCAUUUCCGGCAACCUGGAGGAGAUCGGUGAUGACAAUCCGGAACCUUCACACAGGCGCAACCAUACAUUGUUUGGUAAUGUAUGGUCAUCGAUACGCCGACCGGGUCCAUUUGGAUCGAAGCAAAAGUGGAACUCAAACAACAACAAAAUGUCCGCCACGUCGAUGGCCGCUUCGGCCGCCAUGCACACAGUUCUAACUGGUCCGAGCGAAGGGCAAAACCAUGAACAAAAACCAAAGCAGAACUGCGUCAGCAACAGUACAGCAGGAUAUAGCCAUAUCGCGGAGAGCAUCCUUCAUGCCGUGCACGACGAUCCGAUGAUGCGUACUGGCAAUGGCAACGGGCUCAGACCACCGGGCAGUAAUGCCGGGGUCAACCGCAACGGGGCAGGAGGCCCAGGUGACAUCCCACUACGACCGCUAGUUUUGGACGAUACGAGCUUUAGACGGACUCCGACCAAUGCUACUAGUAUUAACAUCGGCUCGCAGAACAUGUCCAUGGCAGAUGGUCGCGCCGAUGGUCGGAUCGAUAAUUUUGAAAAGGAUCGUCUCAUCUACUCAACGCCAAGUAGUCCCCGCGAUAUGCAUAAAACAUCUUCCGAAGUAAUUGGAUCGGCAGAGAGCCUCGUCGGCAGGGUACUUGCACAGCAGGGCCUAGGGAAGUACUGUGAUCUGGAUCUGGUGCACUGUGCUCAAAUGGAAAUGCAGGAGGCUCUGGACAUGACACAGGAAGAGAUGGACCUUGCCGCCCACGAGCUGAUGCUCGAGGAACGCUUCAACCGGAAGGCCGGAACUCCAGCCAGAAAUCAACCGCGUCGUGGCGCCAACAAUCGGCACCAGGAGCCUCUGUUAUAGCACAAACUUAGUCCAACUCCACCCGGUGUCACCAAUCACGAAUAUAUUUUAGACAAAAUGGUAGCUCUCAUUUCAUUCUUUGUUCAACAGAAACACGUUUGAGGUAGCAUUAAGCGACAUAAUCAUGAAUAUCAUACAAAGACAACAAAUGAAAAACCAUCCAACAAAAAAAAAAAAAAAAGAACCAGACACACCAUAACUCUAAUAGCGAACAAGCGAAACAAAGAAUUCGGCUAAUGUAAUGAUCAAUCGUGCUGAUCUACGCGUUGCAAACAUCAAUCGAAAGUUAGGAGAGGGACGACAAAUUGAUAGCGAAGAUCGUCUUUAUCCGACCACUGAAAAGUUGGAAAUGGUUUGCAGAUAUAACGAAGAACAGGACUUUCUUAGUUUUGUUGGUUUGUAUCGCUAUUGAAAUGAAGAUAUAGGAAUGACAUAUGAGCAAGAUGCGGAAAAUGGAAUUGCAAUAAAUUUUUUUCAAGUGGGAAUGUA